GCGAUGAUGGCGCCAGUUCCGGUUUGUUUGGAUGUUUGGAAUAUUUUCAGAGGGCAUCUUACAACCUGUAAGGUUAUAUUUCACUGUUCAAUAUCAUAACAUAACGUUGUUUAUCUCUUAAAAAUAUAAAACACUAGUGAAAUUAUUUGAGAAACUGGGUUUCUGGAGAGAGUUGAUGGAAAAGUAUGUGUGUAAUGUGGAAAAUGGUGUAUUAACGGAUGUUUUUGGAGAUUGUGGAUGCACCAUUGGAUCACCUGUCCUACUGUUUCCACGUAAUGCACUCGAUUGUUUGGUAGUUCGGGGUAUUGCAAGAUGAACAAAAGUAGCAUGAAUACCCCACAAUCGAACAAAAAGAAGAGGAGCAGGAUGGGAGUGAAGAAUGAUACGACUGCUGCGGCUAAUCAGGAAGUUCUCAGUCCCCAGGAAGCCACACGUUUUGUUCUGAUGAAUCCUCUGGGCGACGACCUAGGGAAAACCUACAAAAUCUCCAUAAACAACGGUAUUCCAAUAGCAUCAAUAGAUGACUUUGACAUGGAUGACAAGAAGCUACUGUCUCAGACUCUUGAGAAAGAGAAAGAGGACAAAGCAAUCCUGAGUACGCUACCAGUAGCAGUGGUGAAGGAACUGGAGGGUUAUGAGGACCAAAUUGGCGAGGCAGAGCCCCUGCCAAAUUCUUAUGUAAGAUUUAUGGAGAGGAGUGGAGAGGAACUGGAUGGCGAAGUUGAGUACGACCUGGAUGAAGAGGAUUCCGCCUGGUUGGCAGUUGUCAAUGAACGAAGAACCUCGUCGGGUCUACCUCCAAUGGAGCCAGAUACCUUCGAACUUCUGAUGGAUAGGUUGGAAAAAGAGUCAUAUUUUCAACAGCAGAGCAAUGGCGGUGGUGGUAUAGCUGCUGAUGAAGAUGCUGUUUGCUGCAUCUGCAUGGAUGGAGAGUGCCAGAACAGCAACGCCAUAUUAUUCUGUGACAUGUGUAAUCUGGCUGUCCAUCAGGAUUGCUACGGGGUGCCUUAUAUUCCAGAGGGUCAAUGGCUUUGCAGGCGAUGCCUCCAGAGCCCCUCCAGGGCGGUAGAUUGCGUUCUGUGUCCAAAUCGUGGUGGAGCAUUCAAGCAAACCGAUCGUCCAGCAACCUGGGCACACGUAGUCUGCGCUCUCUGGAUACCAGAAGUUCGUUUUGCCAAUACAGUGUUCCUCGAGCCCAUCGACAGCAUCGAGAGCAUACCUGCGGCCAGGUGGAGGCUUGCUUGCUGUGUCUGCAAGAGAAGAAGUGCCGGUGCCUGUAUCCAGUGUCACAAGAGCAAUUGUUAUGCUGCCUUUCAUGUGACUUGUGCCCAGCAGGCAGGUUUGUGCAUGAGAAUGAGAACUGUACAGCCGGCCAAUGGGGAGCCCAUGCUGGUGCAGAAGACUGCUUACUGCGAAGCACACACACCGCAGGAUUUCCAACCCUCCACCAAUCCUGCUGAAGCUAGAAGACGGGCUAUUGCGAAUAAAAAGACGUCUUCAGCACCGGUUAUAUCCAUUCCCACUAUUCCCCCAGAGAGGAUUAGAGAAAUUGCAAGCCUCGCGGAAGGUCUUCCCAAGCGAAGUCAGCUCAUCCAGCGCCUGAUAGCCUACUGGACCCUAAAACGUCAGCACAGAAACGGCGUUCCCCUCCUUCGCCGUCUCCAGAGUUCCCAUCCUCAUGGCAGGCCACCACCCUUGGGCGGUCAUUCACCCGCUCCCGAUGGUGAACUCCGGGGUGAGCUCUAUCGUCAGCUAAAAUACUGGCAGUGCCUGCGCCAAGAUCUGGAACGAGCGAGAUUGCUGUGCGAGCUCGUUCGUAAACGUGAGAAACUCAAGAAAGAACUCUUUAAAGUGAAGGAAAAGUGCCUGUGGUUUGAGCUCAGACCCCUGGAGAGUGUUCUCCAGACAUUGUUGGAAGCUAUCAAAGCUAAGGACACUAACGACGUCUUUGGACAGCCCGUCAAUAUCAGCGAAGUGCCGGAUUAUUUGGAAAUUGUCUCCCAGCCGAUGGAUCUGUCGACAAUGGAGACGAAAAUUGAGAAACAAGAGUACAAUAGUCUCUCUGAUUUCCAGAGUGACUUUACCCUCAUGGUGAACAACUGUCUCGCCUACAAUCGCAAGGACACAAUGUUCUACAGAGCUGGACUCAAAAUGCGAGAGCAGGGGGGAGCACUUAUUGAUCAGGUUCGCAAAGAUUACCCUGAACUCGACCCUCAUCCUCCUGCUGGUAAUCCACCGGAACCAGUAACGAAAUCGAGGAAACGAGAACGAGUGAGUAGAAGUCGAACGGAGUCUGAGAGUCAGAGUGGAGAGAAGGAAAUUGUCGGGGUAAAUCGAAGAACAGCUGUUUUAUUCACGAGAAAGGCCAAGGCGAGAGCCAGCAAAGGGGGACACACACCUGUUAGUGAGGAGGUCAAGAAGCAGACCGACAGCUUCAGGGUCUACAGGAGUGGCAAUAUGGACAGUGAUAUUGGAGAGGGAGAUAGUCAGUCCUCGAGCUGCAGCAGCUGUUCCACGAGUAGAUCGACAACACCUGAACCUGAUGAAGAGGAGGAUGAGGAGGAGGAAAGUGGUGAGCAGCAGGAGGAGGAGGACGAUGAUGAGGAGGAUGACGAAGAGGAGGAGGACAGUGAACCUCCGCCUUCUCCGAAGAAGACUAAGGACAACGAGAAGAUCAAAGUUAAGAGUGAGGGUCGUCUGGAUGCACUGACACUCGUCUGGGCCAAGUGUCGGGGCUAUCCCUGGUAUCCUGCCUUGAUCAUUGACCCUAACACUCCGAGAGGGACUGUUCAUAAAGGCGUACCAAUUCCAGCGCCCCCAGAUGAUGUUCUCGCACUUGCAGUUAAUUAUAAGGAUCCGGUGCAUCUUGUUCUGUUUUUCGAUACCAAGAGAACAUGGCAAUGGUUGCCAGGUGAGAAAUUAGAGAAGCUCGGGGUUUCCGAAAAAGUCGACGAAGCCAAACUAAUCGAAUCUCGAAAGCCUGCUGAUCGGAAAGCUGUCAAGAAGGCGUAUCAGGAGGCGCUCCAUUAUCGCAAACAAACACAUAAUACAGCAUUCAGUACAAUAUCAUCAUCGUAGUUAAUGAUAUUAAAAUAAAUAUCUUUUUUUAUCAGAAAUGCAAUUUCUUCAUAUCAAAAAACAGACGAAAUGAAUAUAAACAUAAUUUUU